CAAUCGCUGUCUUCAAUGAAGCUCAACUCACCACAAAGCUCCUCUGGCUCUGAACCUGAUGUUGCCGCUAUCGGCGACGACGAAGAAUAUACCUCUCUGCUGGGCCACUCUACCCAUCAGGAGCUUAUGAGAGCACCAGUUGAAAAACCUGGACCCUCCAAGCUUGACCGCCUUGUGUGGGUAGCGACAAUCAUCAUCGCUCUCUGCACGGUUAUCGACGUUGUCUUGGUGUUGUAUCUUGGCCUGCACAGUUCUACGACUGCCUAUUCGCAACUUGAAGUGCCAGAAGAAGACCUCGAGAUCCGCUCUCCCUAUGUCAACCUGGCAGAGUUGUACGCGCAAACACCGCUGAAAAGCUCAAAACACAAACCCAUCAUUAACCAUGCCCGUGCUUUUGUCCAAAUCGACCGCACCAACCCACACAAGAUCUUCCCUCCCUAUGGGCUUAUGCGUCCCAUUGCCGACGGUAUGGUUCCAGAGUACGAAAGACGCUUACUGCUGACUGAGAGUAUUUCAACUAUCGCACAGUUCCGGAUUGCAGACUUUGGCAUGGAGAAAUGCAGCCUCUCGAUUACGGUGCCCGCUCAAGGCGAAUCCAACGAUGUCAUCGCGGAUGAGGAGUCCACGAUUGAGAUCUACCAACUUCCAGUGACCAAAAAGUUGAAUAUGCAAAAGUUGUCGUAUUCGACGCGACCAGUUGGUGGAAAACUCGUGGGCGCAUUGCUGGUUUCGUUCAACAACACCCACUCACUCCCCGAGUACCCCUGCAAGUCCGGGACUUACCAAACAUUCGAGUUCCGAUGUUCAAAGCCAGGCUGCAAAAUUGAUGUGACUGGCAAGGCAGAGGCAGCAUCAGGCCUAUAUAUUACCCAGUAUCAAACGGUAUGA